UGCAAAACUAAUGCCUGAAAAGACAAAUGUUUCACGAUUCAAAGUGAAGUGGGGUAAAAGGGUCAUUUGUGAAGGAGGGCUUUAUAAAUAAACAGAUACAAAUGGUGAUCCCUUCUUACAGAGAGAGAGAGGACCACCAAACUUUUUUAUACAGGACACAGUGAUGAGCACCGGAACUAAACUUUCAUAAUCAGAGGGAAAAAGCAUAGUUUUGGAGGGGAGUAAUCAAACAAUGGCAACAACAUUGGGAUAGUGCAACAAAAGGAAGACAUUUUUAUAUAAAAUACAAAAAGUAGGAAUGGCAAGAAACCGUGGAACCGAUAGAAGAGAGCAAAUAAUCAUGAAUAGAUUAAGAAUUGGUCACAGCAACUUGAAUGGCACACUAUUUGUUAUAGGAAAAAAUCCAACUGGCUAUUGCGAUCAGUGCCAGGAGUUAGAAACAGUGGAGCAUGUCCUGAUUGAAUGCAGGCAGUAUGAGCAAGAAAGAAGGGUAAUGUUUACAGGACUACAGAGACUAGGAGUGGAGGCAAGGUUUACAGAUCUGCUUGAGUGUGGGGACACGGUGGAGGGAAGGAAGGAGAUAUUUAGUUUUUUGAGGACAACUGGUAUAAGUAAAAGGAUAUAAGAGAACCAGACAGCAAUACAUGAUUAAAUCCAGAAGGAGGCGGUAAUGCAACUACAAAGGAUGCCAACCUCCAUAAAACACCAAAAAUAAGAAGAAGAAAGACGAGCACCGGAACUGUUCCCAGUAAUAAAUCUAAGCACAGAAUGAUAAACGGCAUCUUUGGGUCAAAGAGUGGUACAAACAGCAUGUCAAAUUACAUAACCAGUAUCAAGGACAGGAUACAAGUAGAUUCGCAGUAUUUUUAACUCACAUUACAAUUACCUUUCACAUAGGUAUUGCAAUUAGAGAUAUAAUGUUUUCCGUUUUGAAGCACUUUUACGAAGUACCACUGAGACUCAUUCAAUUCAGUCAUUCUGCACUGUCGGCGCCAUAAAAAAUUGUCCUCCUAUCUGAUUGGACAAAAUCCCAUCAAAGCUACAGCCAAUGGGUGAAUAGACUGUUGCUAUAAGAUAGUCACACGUCCGUAUUUUUGUUAUUCUUUACUUCUUACACGAAUAAGGAAAAUGAGUGGAAGAGGAAAAACCGGUGGAAAGGCGAGAGCGAAAGCUAAAACUCGUUCAUCUAGGGCAGGACUCCAGUUUCCGGUUGGUCGUGUUCAUCGACUACUGCGUAAAGGAAACUAUGCUGAGCGUGUUGGUGCCGGUGCUCCGGUUUAUCUGGCCGCCGUGCUCGAAUAUCUGACUGCUGAGAUCCUGGAGUUGGCUGGUAACGCUGCCCGAGACAACAAGAAAACCCGCAUCAUUCCCAGACAUCUGCAGCUGGCAGUGCGUAACGACGAAGAGUUGAACAAACUGCUUGGAGGCGUCACUAUCGCUCAGGGCGGAGUACUGCCCAACAUCCAAGCUGUGCUGCUCCCCAAGAAAACUGAAAAGGCCGUGAAGGCAAAGUAAUUUUUGCAUCGCUUCUACCAACCACUCACCCAAAGGCUCUUUUAAGAGCCACCUCACAUCUGCAUAAAAAGUGUAAAGUUGCCAUUUGAACAAACUCAAAAUUAGGAGUUUGUCUUGUUCUGCACCGACAAAUUUGUCGGUAAUUUAUGCGCAAUAGCGCAUGCGAAUCCAAUAACCACAACUUUGUUGAUCAGUGGUUUUCAAUUUCUUUCCUGAAGCCCCCUGUAAGAGCUUUCUGAACAAAGUUUCAUGAACUUACGAUUUUACGUGUUUUGAAGCAUUAUAUACUCCAUGGCAUGACAAACCAUAACCAUGUUUUAAUCUAGCCCAAAGAGGUAAAAAUGUGGGCAUAUAGCCAUUAUAAUUAAGUUUGGUAGAUAAUGAAUUCAAAUACAAACUGUUUUCCGAAUACUUUUGUUUCAUUUAAUCAAAGUAUGUAAUUGAAUAAACGUAUUUUCGAUUAAACACCCAUAUAUGUUGUUCGUCAAAUUGUGAAAAGUGGUACGUUUGACCUGGGUUGGCAGUUCUGGGCGCCGUUUGACUGCGUUCUGAUUGCUAUAUCCGAGUCAUACAAUAUAAUGGCUUCUGCUAGUUAAGAGACUAGGAAAUAAAUAUUUGUUGAAUUGAUGCCA